AUGCAGGCCAUCUCCUCUUAUCAAGAGUGUAAGAGCAUGUUAGUCAAGCAGUGCCAGGAAGUCAUAAAAGAACUUUCCCACAAGAUAUUCUUUCAAUGGGUACCCUCACACUGCGGUAUUUAUGGAAAAGAGAUGGCAGAUAUGCUUGCCAAAAGAGGAGUUGCGGUUCUACACAAGCCCAAAACUGAAGCAAGCCUCCAUUCCAUUAAACUGCUGACAUCACUCAUAUAUCAAAAGACUUUUAGUAAUUUUGCCACUCGGGCUUGCGAUGGCAAGCCUUGGAGUGUUCUUUUAACAAAUUCAGCUUUUAUUCCUGACCACCCGCGAUCAGUUGCAGUUGCAGCUUUUAGACUAUUAGCGGGGCAUGACUGCUUGCAGAAUCGUUUAUUUCGCAUUGGACUAGCCGAUUCACUUUGUGUGUUACAUGUGAUAGUGAACGGCCAAUGA